CCCAAUCUAAUGCUUGGACAAAUCAACACCAACUUCCAAAUUCACGAUACCGACAUUUCACCAUAAUCAUUCUUCUAAUACUCGACGCAUCCAAUUCACGUGCCUUGAAGAACUCGAGACGCAAUCCAUCGACUUACUAUACAGAAUACACCAUAAUAUAUAAUCGAAGCCUUUCAAUGUAGCCCGAUAUCACAACUCGAUUACACCGACUCCCUCCCUUCAUCCCAUGCCCAGCUUCUUCCAGUUCACGCAGGGCACCGAGUCGCACGUCCGACCCAACGACUCGGCCCCUCUCCUAGGCCGCUUCCGCGCUGUUCCUCCGCGUCCUGGCGUGGUAUCUCGAAGGCGCAGUCAACUCGGCCUCUUCUCGAAUACCGCAGACAACAGAGGUAGCGUGCAUAUACUUGGAUACGGUGCUUUUCCUGCAGAUGACAACGAUACGGACAGUGAUUAUGACCUUGAGGACGAUAGGAGUUUGUGGCAGCGUCUCUGGCAACGAUGGGUGUUGGAUAUUUGGGUUGAUCCGAGGCAGUCGGCGGUGAAGAGGGUCGUUGAUAAGUGGUGGAGUCGGUAUGCAUUUCUGGUGUUGAUGCCGGCCUUGUUGGCUGUGGCGUGGUGUUCUAUACCUUUUCCUCAGUAUAGAAUUCCUAACGACCAUAUCGGUGAUGGAGACGAGGAUAGACUCCCCGACGGAUCGAAGACGCCUGGUCACGGAGCUGCCCGAGUCCAGGUCAACUUUUGGUUCUUCCUAUUCGUCUACUAUGGUUUCUACAACCUUACUGCUCUUAUCUGGAUCACGAAGGUGUUCAACCUUUACAGCCUGAACUGGUGGCCCCAGUCUCUGGGUUUCCCGCUUACCGUCUCACUCAUCGCCAUCUUAUCCAUCGCCGUCCCCAUACCCAUGUACUACAAUGAUAAGGCGCGUUAUUUGCUUGUUCACAAUACAGCAUGGAUUUCAUGGACCUUCAUCAUCAUGGCCUUGCCUGUCACGAUCGCCUUUAUCAUUCUCACGACUAAUGAGCGGCACAUCGGGCUUCGUCACUCGCUAUCAGAAACUCAGCGCAUCUUUACUACAUCCUGGUGGACCGGAGAGCCAGACACAUUCAACGGUAGGGACCGUCGGCGCCGUAAUGUCACGGCUGAUCUAUUCGACGCAGACGCAACUCAAGUUGAACCCGAGCUGAGGCCACAGGGCGUUAGGAUGCGUCGAUUGUGGUUGCCAGCAAGCUUUGUGCGCUUCUUAUGGUUUUGCGUUGCUUUGUUUAUUGGGCUCAUGGCAUAUGUGAUCGGAGAGGCAUACGCAGAAAUCUAUCUCCGAACCUUACCACACAACAACUUGGAGACAGUGGUGUACGUCUAUGGCUGGGUUGCGACGGUGCACUUGCUGGAUGCGUUAAGCGGCUGGGUGCUAGGAAUUCGAGAGGGUGAGCGUGUCGGAAGCUAUCCUUUGAGCUGGAUCUUCAAACUAUACUUCAUGUUGACCUACCAGAUGUACGUUCGUGCGCUGUAUGCACGACUGCGUUCACCACAACAGUUCAUAACCCUCCAGAUCUUGUCAUCAACAGGUCUGGUUGUCAUCACGCCCAUCAUGAUGACCUCCUUUGUGCACAAGCUCUUAACAAUUCUCGGGCUGAACUCGCAAAGCUUUGGUUCAUACCAGAAGCUCCAGACCCGCAAUGUCUUCAUUCGCUUUCUUGCCGAAAACGUCUCAAUGGUUGCAUUCCUUGGAAGUAUUCUAGUACUGCAUUUCGGAGCUAACAAAGACGUUUACCCAUAUUUUGCGUUCGAUACGGAGGGAGAGGACUACAACUUUGGCCUCACUUUCUACGCCUCAUCAGUAACGUGGGCGUGUGAGUUGGUGGCGAGUCUUGCCGUGCGGGGACUCAUCCGACUAUUCUUCCAAAUUGACGUCGGCCUGGAGGGGAAGCUGGACUUGGCUGUCUGGCCAGAGUUGAUGCCAACCUGUGUGGCAGUCAUGCUGCACGUGCUGCAGAACAUGCUAUUUUCCAUCAUCCGACUACAGUUUCAGUGAGUGGAGAAAGGAUCCUCUGUGGUCUGGUGUGAAAGAGGACCGAUCAUCCAGGGGCUAUUUUUCAUAAAGGAUUGAUGAGUUAGAGGGUCGGAACGGUCCGAGAAAGGUUGCCGAGAGGUACGGCUAUUGAGAUGGUGCACCCAUCGACAUUCGCACCCGCGCAACGGACAAUAGGUUGGAUGUUUGGCCUCUGCUUUGCUUUUUCUGUUUUCGUCACUCUUAAUCUGCGAGUCUUUGUCUUGAGUUGUCUUUCACUAGAGCGACUUCUUUGCAUACUUUGUGAUGACCUUGGACUGGGGAAGCUGUGCUGUUGAUACAAGUCGAUACCCAUUAGAACGUUUCUAGAGAGUUUUGCUACGUUUCAUCUUUGUUAUAACGCAUUAGAUACCACAUACUGUUUGCCGACACGUUGGUCAUUACCGUUAAUAGCAAUUCCGGGUUGAGGAACUUCUGAAGUGGACCGAGAUAGCGACCAUUUCA